AUGCACGGUGGUGCGGCACUGGUGGUUGGGCCGGCCAAGUCACCUCUGACACCUCCAAGCAGCCCCCAAAGCUCCCUGGAGCGCCAUUGCCAACGGACGCGAAUUACCCUCGACUUUCGCCAUACCACCGAUACCAGCCACCCUCGGACCGCAGAACGCACCUCACUGGGCGAGGCGGCGAGCCGCGGUGGCGGGGCACGGGAGGCCAAGCGCGCGGCGUAUUCCUCGCUGAAGUCACUGGCGUCUAUUCGUAUCAGUGUUGUCGAGGAACAGGAGGGAAUUAGUGUGCUGUCUCCGCGCUUCCCCAACUAUGCCGUCGCCCGGCUCGCAUCGACCGUCGCCGCUAAGGCCGCCACCAAGCUGCUGAUCCUUACUCUGGCCUCCGCUAUGCUCGCCGUGCUGCUGUCGCCCAUGCCGGCCGCCGCCAUGCUCGUCGUGCUGCUGUCGCUGUGCCGGCCGCCGCCAUGCCCGCCGUGCUGCUCUCGCUGUCCCCGCUACCGCUACGCUCGCCGUGACGCUGUGACCGGGCUCAUCGGAAUGCUGCCUGAUGACUGCCGCGCGUAUAUGCAGUACCCGCCUCGGCUCUUCGUGAUCAUGAGAGGCCCCCCGGGCAGUGGCAAGACAACGUUUGCUCAAGAGGUCGCUCGUUAUGCAGCAACGGUUGAUUUCCGCGCAUCGAUUUGCUCAGCUGACCUCUUCUUCCAGCGCAGAGGAUCCUAUGUGUUCGACGCAAGUCGGCUUUGGGAGGCGCAUCGAAGCUGCUACGAACAAUGCAGAGAACUCCUGUGGCGCAGCCCCGACCGUGGCGUGGGUAUCGUUAUCGUCGACAACUGCAACCUUCGGAUGGAUGAUUUUGAGCGCUAUCAGGAUCUGCACAUUCCCUCGGACAUGCUUGCGGUUGCUGCGUUCGAAUGCCCCCCUGGCAUAGCGGAAGCAACACAGCUCUUGGAACGAGCUAAUCGUGUUGGCCACGCUAUCCCUGGUCGCACUUUCGUGGAGUACUUCCACAUCUGGAGACACAACGCACCGGAGGAGCCGCGCCCCGACAACGAGGUGGACACCGUCGAUGAGCUGCACAUCGAUAACGAGCUGACCACCGUCAAUAUGCCGCGCGCCUACAUCAUCACGCUGGAAGAGUUUAUGCGUGAUCGCUAA